UUAUAAAAUAAAAAUAUAAACGCCAUCAUCAAAUAAAAACGGGUGUUUGUGUUCUUACGGGUUUGGUGAAAGAAUAGAAAACUAAACUGUAACACUCUACAGUACCAUGGUUUUACAAUAAAUUGUUUUUGUUAGAAUAUAUAGUUGAUUAAAAACUUAAAUGGACAAAAUCCCAUCGCAACUUUUAGCCAGUAUUGAAAGUAACUCGCAACCAUCAUUAAUUUUCAACUCAAAUAUAGAGAACGAUCUACCGCUAAUUAUGGCAGCUCUCGAACAAAAUCUCAACUUCAAAGAAGAUCCCACCGACAGCCGUCGGGAUAGCGAAGAUAACGCGACAGACGAUGAGGAUGAAGAUUCACCCGGGUGCAACUCGUCGCCAAGUAAUCGCAUACAGCGUCGAAGAUCCCUUCGUUCAAAAUCAGUUGACAGCAAACUACACAAGGUUAAGCGGCGAACCAUUACAAAACCAUCCCGACUACCCAUAAAUCUGAACGCAUCGGAAAACGAAAUCCGCAACUACUACAUGAUCAACAGCAAGGGAGUCGAUCUCAAACCAACCAACCUUGAGACGAUUUUCGAAGAAGGUUCACCAUCAGUAGCGAAAGCAAAGUUCUUCGGUAUACGUAAGGUUCGGCGUAGCCUCAACUGCUGCGAUGGGUUCAACGUGAACAAGACAACCGCGAAGGCCAGAAAGAAUCGUGUACGAAAGCUACUGGGCGGUUCCCCGAAGCUGGCAAAGAUGACUAUGGAUACCUUUCUGGAGCGGCUCAAAUCGAUGCAGCAUGAUACCGAUGACGAGGCGGGUCCAAUCGGUGAUCCUAGGUUGAAUCAAACGGUGUGAUUGUUAUUGAACUGCUGUUUACCCACAAAAAGCAGAUAGAUCUCUCAAUCUGUCGACUGAAUUAACGAAAAACACCAACCUGCGUAAAGUUAUCAUAGGUUCAAGCAUAUGCAUUUGUCGAGAAUAAUAAAUAUAAUUAAUUCGUAAACUUUAAUAUGUAGAUACCAAU